UAAACAAACAGUUGUCCAAGUCUCAAACAGUUGUUUUAGCUUUGGCUUCUACAAUAAUCAAUUCUAUAAAAUCCUAGUGAUGUCUAAGCGCGUUUGACCUCGUAAAAAAUUCCCUUCCUCAACUCAACUCUAGUUGCCAUAGGAAUCUCUAGUUAACACCAGAUAUCCAUUUUUUUUUUUUUUAUUCUCUCCAUCAAAACCAACACAACUAACAAGAACACAAACACAAUAAGUUGAAAUAAUCGAUUAUCCAUAUCCAUAUGGGUGACAUAGUGAAACAAAUAUUAACAAAACCAAUCCAAUUAGCAGACCAAGUAACAAAAGCAGCAGAUGAAGCAAGUUCAUUCAAACAAGAAUGUAACGAACUCAAAUCCAAAACUGAAAAACUCGCCGGACUUCUCCGACAAGCAGCAAGAGCAAGUUCCGAUCUAUACGAACGUCCAACAAAACGAAUCAUCGAAGAAACCGAACAAGUUCUCGAUAAAUCACUUUCCUUAGUCCUAAAAUGUCGCGCAAAUGGUAUCAUGAAACGUGUCUUCACCAUAAUCCCCGCCGCCGCUUUCCGUAAAACAUCUUCUCAUUUAGAAAACUCAAUCGGAGAUGUUUCUUGGCUCCUCCGUGUCUCUGCUCCGGCAGACGAUCGCGGCGGUGAAUAUCUCGGACUUCCACCUAUUGCUGCUAAUGAACCUAUUCUCUGUUUCAUUUGGGAACAGAUCGCUAUACUAUACACCGGUUCUAUGGAAGAUCGAAGCGACGCCGCAGCGUCGCUUGUUUCAUUGGCACGUGGCAGUGACCGUUAUGGGAAACUUAUCAUCGAAGAAGGUGGUGUUGGACCACUUCUGAAGCUGAUUAAAGAAGGAAAAAUUGAUGGUCAAGAAAAUGCUGCUAGAGCUAUUGGUUUACUUGGUCGUGAUGCUGAAUGUGUUGAACAUAUGAUUCAUGUUGGUGUUUGUUCGGUUUUUGGAAAGAUUCUUAAAGAUGGUCCUAUGAAAGUUCAAGGUGUUGUUGCUUGGGCUGUUUCUGAACUUGUUGCUAAUUAUCCUAAAUGUCAAGAUCUUUUUGCUCAGCAUAAUAUUAUUAGGUUACUUGUUGGUCAUCUUGCUUUUGAAACUGUUGAAGAACAUAGUAAAUAUGCUAUUGUUAGUAUGAAACCGACUUCGAUUCACGCUGUUGUUAUGGCGAGUAAUAAUAGUAAUUCUAAUUCUAAUCUUAAUCCUAAGAAAGGAAAUGAAAAUGAAGAUGGUGGUGUCGGUGUUGGUGCUGGUGCUGGUGGUGGGAACAAUAAGCAUGGUCGCGUAUCGCAUCAUCCAUUGGGUGAACGACCGAGGAAUUUGCAUAGAGUGAUUACAAGUACUAUGGCAAUUCAUGCUGCUUCCAAGCAGAGUAGUGAAGGAAAUGACUUGGCCGAUUCCUAUACGCCGCCUAAUUCCAACGGAUUUGGUAAUGGUAUUGGUAAUGGUGGUGGUAAGCAUGGAAAUCAUAGUAAUCAUCAGAGAAAUUAUUCGCAUUCGGGAAUUAAUAUGAAGGGAAGGGAAAGUGAAGACCCUGAGACUAAGGCAAGUAUGAAGGAAAUGGCAGCGAGAGCGCUAUGGCAUUUGGCUAAGGGUAAUGUGCCGAUUUGUCGCAGCAUUACGGAAUCAAGGGCUUUGCUGUGUUUUGCUGUUUUACUUGAGAAAGGACCGGAGGCUGUGCAGUAUAAUUCUGCUAUGGCAUUGAUGGAGAUUACUGCUGUGGCUGAGAAAGAUGCUGAAUUGAGAAAAUCUGCAUUUAAGCCUAAUUCUCUUGCCUGCAAAGCAGUUGUUGAUCAAGUGCUUAAGAUAAUUGAGAAAGCGGAUUCGGAUCUCCUCAUUCCUUGUGUCAGGGUGAUUGGAAAUUUGGCAAGGACAUUCAAGGCUACCGAGACAAGGAUGAUUGGUCCGUUGGUGAAACUUCUUGACGAAAGAGAGGCAGAGGUUUCCAGGGAGGCGUCGAUCGCACUCAAGAAAUUUGCCGGCAGCGAAAACUACCUUCAUGUUGAUCACUCCAAAGCAAUUAUAAAUGCAGGUGGGGCCAAACACUUGAUUCAGCUUGUGUAUUUCGGAGAACAAAUGGUUCAGAUUCCAGCAUUGGUUCUGCUCUCUUACAUCGCAUUACAUGUUCCGGAUAGCGAAGAACUUGCUCUGGCUGAAGUGCUUGGAGUGCUUGAAUGGGCAUCCAAACAAUCUUUCAUGCAACAUGAUGAAACCCUCGAGACAUUGUUGCAAGAAGCCAAGAGUAGGUUGGAGCUUUAUCAGUCUAGAGGUUCAAGAGGAUUCCAUCAUAAAUUGCAUCAGUAGGAAGCAUAGUACAUUGUCAUCAUCAUUGUAAAUGUAAAGGUUUUCCGAUCAUUCAUGAUUCUUAUCCGUUCCAUCAUUCUUCUGAGCGUGUAUACAAUCAGUUUGGCUCCUCUAAAGUGAGUAAACCGAAAAGCAAGAAAUUUAGUUGUUAUUUCAACAAACUCGUGACUUGUUAUGAUAUACCUGUAAUAUCUACCUUUGAUUUGUUAAUCACUGGUCGAUAAUACUCACUUUAGAGGAUCCAAAUCCGUAUACAAUCAAUUUUACUUCUUCAAUUGUCCAGAUUCAUUUCCAUAGCAGGAAUGACCAUUUCAUUUUUCAUCUUAUGAGGAUUAUUUUUUAAGUUUUACCCUUAAAUUAAA